AUAGCAGAGAGCACUUGAGGGGCUGUGAGAAGGAAACAACAACCGUGGAGAGACAGACAAACGGAAAGCAGAGAGUAUUCAGUGAAUCUCAGCCCACAGGAGAGAGAGAGAGACAGGGAGAGAGGGGACACACUGAGUCGUUGGGGACAGGCUGGAGACUUGACGAUUGCUCAUCAGCCUUCUGUGACUCAACCUCGGACGUGUGCCCUGGCAGAAUGGAUUUCAUUUGGGUCGAGCAGCCUCUGAGCUCGGGCAGCAACAGCUCCGUGGAGGAUUGUAACUCCUUUUGGAUUAUAUCAGAGAAAACCACUGAUGUGAUGAAUGAGAAAGCCAGCGAGCAGAAAGGAAGAUGAACCUUGAUUCUGUGGAAGGAUCAAUCCAUAACCUCCUUUCUUCAUUGUACCCCCCCUAUGAAGCCACCGCCCCUACUCUCCUCAGUCAGCUCUUCCAGAUCAUUGACAGCCGCUAUCAGAAAGAUGCCCUGCGCUGUUUUCUGGACUUCCUGGUACCAGCCAAGCACAUUUUAGAUACUGUGCAGCAGGCUGCAUGUGCUCAAUACUCUAAUGUGCUCUUCCUCUGUGAGGGAUGGCCUCUUUGUUUACGUGACCAAGUUGUCAUCCAGCUUGCUCCGAUUGAUCCCUCCGUUCUUCAGCCAGGCGACUUUUACCUUCAGGUGACUCCGUUCUGUGACCAAUCAGCUCGUAUUGUGGUCUGCAGUCUGCUGAAGGAGGAGGGACUUACUCUGGAGGUCGUGGAGGAGACCCCAGUUCCUGAGACGUCCUAUCCUUGUAUAUUCAGCUCUGGCUGGUUGGAUGAGUUUAACCAGGACUGCCAGGGGACGCCUCUUAGACAUUGCCUGGUCGCCACAGAGCGAGGCGUUGUGAGGUUGCCAUGGGAACGGGUGGCUGUGCCUGAUUUUGUAGAGCUGGCACGUUGUGCUGGGAGUAGUAUGGCCUCUGCUGCUCCAUCACAUUCACCUUUAAGUUCUCCACUUCCUCAACCUCCACCUCUUCCUACUAAUUUCUUCCCUCUUUCCUCCUCAAAGAAACCUGGGCCAGGACAUAUUCCUUUGACUAUUCAGGAUUCCGUUUCAACUUCUGCCCCACAUCCAGCCGCCCUCUCUGUGGAGACUAGGAUAUGUCCUGCAAAGCAUGGCAUCGCUGUGUCACUUUGUCUGGUGGAUACUAGAUCUACUUCUUCAUCACAGCUGGUAAAAGUGAAAGAAACUGAAACAGAGCACAGGCCAAUAGGCUGGGUGUCCCCGAAUACAUGGGACAGCCGCGUUACUGGAAUAAAUCAAAACCCAGCCGCUAAAGCAGAAAAAUCAAACCAUUCCGAUGGUAAUAUAACUGACUUUAAAGGUGUGAAUAAAGGUAUUAAAGUUCCUGGAAAUACACUGCAAGAUAAGCAGAAAACCUCUAAUGCUCACAGUAUGAGCAGAAAUGAGCCAGCACCUGUUGCAACAGGGGACUAUAUUGAUAUACUGCAGGCCAAAAUGCUUUUUGAUAAAGAGCCAUCUCUGACUGAAGAACAGCAAAGCGCACAAAUACAACCCAAAACACAGCCACCAUUCAGCACACAUUCAGAACAUAACUCACAGACAAUUUUACAAGAUAUGUCUAGAGAUGGACCUCUAUUUGUUCAGCAUCAUUCCCCUAAACAACCAACUUUUUCCAACUCCUCAGACUCCCCUCAGUGUGUCCGCACUGUGCGCUUUGCAGAGAAGCCCUGCACCCCAUGCAUGGCAAGACGGCAGGGUGGGAAAGUCGGCAAGGCUCAAGAGCUGAGAUGUCGAUACAGAGACUCAUACCAGGCUGCCCUACAGAACCCUGUCACGUUUGGAGCUGAGAAUAACAGAGGGAAUAUGUCAGUGCUGCUGGAGGAGGGCACUGAUAGCUCACAGCGUGGUGACAAACUGGGACCGCUAAAGGUAGAGGAUCCAUGGAGGGAGCCUCAAGAUGCAAGGUGUGAUCCUGGAACAUAUACUCAGUCUCCUCCACAACAAAUCCUGUAUCAGGAGUAA